CUUGAUAAAAAAAGAGGCUGGUGAAAUAAUAUAAGGGUUUAAAUUCUCAUUGUGGUUGUAUCACAUUUGAGACUAGAAAAAAAUAAGGUUUUAUUCUCUAGACUUGUUCAGUCCAGCAAAUAAUCUUAACAGAAUGGUUUAAUUUCACCACAAUUAUGAACCCACAAACUUGUCACGUGCUAAAUAAUAUUUCUUAAAAAUAACAUACUCAUGAUUAGCGUAAUACAUGUCAACUGUUACUGGUUAUUUGUGAACUAGCAAACUCACCCUUGUAUUGCAAGAUUACAGGGUGGUGUCAGUAAAGUAGUCAGUACUCAUACAACAUUAAACAAAACCAGUGAAGACCCAGAGACUACAGAAGUGGAAAAAAACAUACUGUACCCGAGAAUGAGAGAGCUACGCUUUUUAAUGAAGAUCACUGUGGCUGCGUUGCUUCUUUUUUCUGCAGUACCUUCUACAGCUUUUAAAAUCACAGAAAACCUUGCUUUGAAAGCUACAGCCCAACAGUCCUUCGAAUUGUUGAAUAGUGCUGCCAAAGCCAUCGAUGGCAACAAAGCAACAAAUGAUGCAAAUAAUUCUUGCACACUCAUAACUUCAAAGACAAAUCCGUGGUGGAGGCUUACCCUGCAAAAGCCCUAUAAAAUCGUCAUGGUGUCAGUCAUUAACCGAGGUGACUGUUGCGCACAUUGGAUCAACGGAGCAGAGAUUCGCAUUGGGAAUAGCCUGGAAAACAACGGCAACAACAAUCGACUGGUUGCAAAAAUAAACUCCAUUCAGGCUGGAACAACAAAGCAGUUUAAGUUCCUUCCCUUAGAGGGACAAUAUGUCAAUGUGCUAUUACCAGGGAAUAACCGCAUUUUGACACUGUGUGAAGUCGAGGUGUACGCAGUCUUUGAAGUCUCGCCGGCAACAUUACCGUCAAAUCAGGUCAACGUGGCAUUGGGUGGACGAGCCACCCAGUCCAGUGUGAAUCGAGGUCCUACACAGUGUCUGAGUCUGGCGCAAAAUGCCAUCGAUGGGAACCGGCAGGCUGACCUGAACAAAGGCUCUUGCUCCCAGACGGAUACUGAAAAUAAUCCUUGGUGGAGAUUGGAUCUGAUGCAGAGUUAUGCAGUUGUGUCUGUGGCCCUCACUAACCGUGCCGAUUGCUGCUCUGAACAGCUGAAUGGAGCUGUGGUUCACAUCGGAGAUUCGCUGGAGUCUGAGGGCCAAGCAAACCCUGUGUGUGUUAAAGUGUCCUCCAUACCUGCGGGAGGGACAGAGGUCUUGAGGUGUGACAGCGUUCUGAAUGGGCGUUACGUGACUGUGUCUCUUCCUGGAGAAAACAGAACUCUGAGCUUGUGUGAAGUGGAGGUAUUCAGCACUCCAGUGGAAAAAAUGACCCCAUAAAAGGUUCUCACAGUAUUACAGGUGGGCCAGAAUAGACAGCAUGGUCACUCAGCGCGCACGUUUUACACUUAUCAAAUUGAAAAUAUGUUAUUUUAACUUAAAAAAUAAGUUAAAUAAUUUCAACUUACUUAAUGCAGGUAAAAAAAAAUGUAUAGUGUAGCAUUACAUUAAACAUCUCAGAAAAUUCCUAUAAGCCCACCCAAAUAGCAAAUCCUGUAAUUUUUACUUUCACUAUGCUUGAUCUGCAACACAAUGUGCUCCUGUUCACAUCUCCUUUUUUCUUGCAAUAAAACUUGCUGGCCACAUGAUGUCACUAUUGCUUUAUCUUCAAGCAUAGAGCACAAUACUUGUAUUAUUUAGCUAUUUCAAUAAUAACUAAAAAUAAAGGAAUGCUUCAGACUUGCCCCCAGUUGGAAAUAAGGUGUCUUUGUUGAUCCAACGCUAAUGUGAUCCUUCAAUGUACAGUAACAUAAUAGAGUGCAGACAUCACUAAAUCAAAAGUGACAGACUUUCUUUAGAUCAAAACUGAUUGAAUAUCAUCUGGGCAAGAUAUGGGUUCCCUGACGUGUGGGAUCAUUGUUAUUGCUACUGUAAACAGGAAUCCGCCUGUUUCUUUUCCACAGCGAAUUGAGAAUGACACCGUUUCAUCAUAUUAAAUGAAUUUGGAGCAUCUGUAUGAUUUGAAACAAGGUUGUCCUCAUGAUAGACCAUCUGUGCUUAAUUCUCCAAAGCACUUGUACAGAUUUCUUGCUUUUGACAAGUUACUGUUUUAGAGAUGGAUAUUACUCAUGUGAAACAGACAAAUAUUCUAGUAUGACUGACAUGUAACUAGGACAGAACAGAUGAUAGUCAAUUAUAGUUGUGGGAGCAAGUUUAAUUUGAAGAUAUUUUUGUCAUCUGUAUUUUAACAAUGGCUCUAGAAAGGCAGAAUGGAACCAAAUAAAUGAAAAUAAGAAACAAUAAAUUAAAAAGACAUUAAAAUCUAAAAUGAUAUAUGUUAAAGGACAAACCAGGAAUAAAAAGUCAAUAUAAAGCAUAUUAUGGCAAUAAAAACAAUUAACAAAUAAAAAUAAGCAUUAAAAUAAAACAUGCAAUUACUUUAGCUCAUAAGAAGCAGCACACGCAAAUGCAAACUAGCAGGUCUACCCGACCCUCUGUGUACAAAGACAAAUCAAAAUCAUUCGAGUAACACACAGGAAGCACAUUGACCAGACCAGAGCUCCAGAUGUGUAAUUCUGCAGAAUACUGAGAGUAAUUGAGUAAUCUUCUUACUUGCAUUGUGUGACUGGGUCAGUUCGCACUCUCUCUGAUCGGUUCACAUUCAGACUCGUGGGGCUUCAGUGGGUUUGAAAUGAGCUGAUGAAGUGUGCAUAAUGUAUGGAGGCAAACAAUAAUUGUAGCUGUUUCACAUAUUAGAUCUUUCUGUUAAUGCAUGGAUUUGUCUGCUUAAGCGCUCUUUGCACAAAGU